UGUUUCUUGUAAAGGUGUUUUGUUGAAUUCGUGACCUAUGUGGAAAUUAUAACUUUCUUUGGUUUGACUGGGCGAGAAACAGUUUGUAUCAUUCUUUUACCACAGUUGUUGGUAAAUUUUCUUGCUUAGUAAAAAAAAAAAAAAUGUUUAAGUUUUACAAAGCGUUCGCUCAGCUCCGACUGUUUGAAUCUGUCGGAGGAAACGGAGUUCAGCGUGCACACGAUACAGUACAUGUGAUCAAAGGACUAAACAGUUAUGAAUUUGUUUCUUCAAAUCAUGUUCCGUUUAACCAGAAUUACGCCAGUUUGUUGAUGCGUAGCUUUUCAACCAAACCUAGACCUCAAAACGAGAAGUCAGAGAAAAAAACGAAAGUGAGCUACGACCCCCCCUCACCAUACCGAGUUCCAGGUCCUCGCCGAUAUGGUUACGAGACAAAAUAUUUUACUGGAGGGUUGUUGCCUCGAGGAGAGCAUUUGGAACCCAUUUUAGCCCUUCCAAAGUACAAGUUUUCAGAUCCUUGGAGCAAGAAAAAAGCCCUCUUUGGUCAGAAUGAUUACAUUGACAUUCUGGGAGAUGGCAGUGUCAAACCCAGUGACCUUAUUACAGGCCCUCCGUGGCUGAUUGGUUUCAAGGGAAAUGAGAUGCAACGUUUAUCCCGCCAAAUGAAAUUUCAGGGCAAGGAAUUGGCAUACCUUUAUCCUACAAGAUUCCAUCGGUUGAAAAAGCGUAUUAAAUUUCUAUACAAAAGGUAUAACCAGAGACGUAGCAAACGUUACUAGAUUGGUAUCAGGCACAUUUUUGUGUGAAUUUGAAGUCGGGUUAUAUUUUAACAUUGUCAUUUUCAUGAUGUGUUCAUAUCAAGCAUAGAGAAAUACCUUAUCUGUUUUGUUUUAAGUCACUCUCUGUAGAAGGAAAUUGUGUACAUGAAGUACACAACAUUUCUUUCACCUAUUGAAAUCAUUACUAACUGCCCAAGCUCGAGUUCAAAAGUGUUGCAAAAGACCUUGCUACUAAAAUGUAUUUCCAGACCUUAUAAGAACAACUGUCAUGGAGCUGCUCAUACUCCAUUAGGUAGAUAUCUAUAUUUAUAUCUGUAACGAAAACUUUCAUGGCAAAUAUUUAACAUCUGAAAUUGUAUUACAAGCUUCAAAAUGAAAGCUUCAAUGAAACUGUCUUAUGAAAAUAUAUUUGAUACAUCAUCAC